GGUGCGGGGCGGAGGGUGCCGCCUGGUCCUUUCUCGGGAUCGGCCCUUGGGCUACUGUGGAAGAGUGGUCAACCCAGAACCGCGCUGGUGGAGGGUCAGAAAUGAGGGAGGCUUGGUCGGGAGCGGUCGGGGGGCGGGGAGCUAGGGCGCCACUGGGAAGGGAAAGGGUAAGGAGAAGCGUGGGAGCGAGCGGUGCCGAGGACGCGGGCCGGGUCUGCGGGGGCAGCUCGAGGGAGACGGAUGGACGGCUUAGAAGCCAGCAGGAUUGCGGAUGAGGGUUGAGUUCGGAAUGGAGGUGAUGUAGGAUGGAGGGAAGUGAAGGAAGGGGAGGGAGAAUAGAGGAAAAUGAGGGAGGAGUGGUUGAGAAUUAGUGAGUAGCAGGCAGGAAGGGAUGGGAAGGCUGGGUAGGGGCUGCAGAAGAUUGGAAUGAGCGGGAAGGUUAGCAGGAAUCAGAGAAAUGGGCCGGGAGCUGAAAGAUUCAGCGGCGGUGUCCAUUAAUGGGAACUGGUGACUUGACAUGUCCUUUCAGCUCAGGUUUCUGAUGUCUCCCAUUUUUCUGGCGUAUCGGGAAACGAAAGCAUCAUUUGCCCUGGUUGCUAGCUUGUUCUUUUUCACAGGCCCAUACACGCAGCUGACUGCCAUCCAUCCCUUUUAGGGCCAUGGUCUUGAUUCAUCUUUUUAAAUGGGUUUAGAGUGGCAUUGUGACACACAAACUGUUCUUCAAUAUGAAAUGUUAGAAGUUAUCCCCAAGAGACACAGUGUCCCCUUGUCCUACAGUUUUCAGUUCAAGGUAAAUCCAUGCUUGAUUCACAUUUUCCUUUUCUUUACUGUCUUUACAUCUUGCAAAUCUCCAAAGCCAGAAGGAUGUUAGUAUGUGCCAGAGUUAUAAAUGACUGGAUAUCCUUGAGAGUUAAUGGUCCCUGCAGCAUCAUGUGCCAGUUCUCCCACAAAGAUCUUGUGUCUUCCAUAUGAUGGUAGUUUAGAUGGAAAGCCAGAUUCUAACCUGUGUCAGCGAAUGGGUAAAAACCAGGGAGCGAGGGUUGGAGGAUGUCUUCCUUUUAAUACUACCUAGUUUAAACAGGAUGUUUUUACUUGAGUGCUUUAAAAAGUUCAUGAUCUUGGGGUAAUCACAAGAAUGCAUAGAUCCACAGAAUUCAUGAUAUUUAAGAAUCGACCACAACAUAUUUUGUAAGAGGAGAAAAUGGGACAGGUCAUAUUAUUCAGGUUUAUCAUAACACUUAGCAGCAAGCCUUCCUUCCUGUAACCUAGCUACAGAUGGUAGCUGUGAAGCUCUUACUUAGAGAUUUUAGUCCUUUGACCUUUAGAAGAAGGUUGGGUUCCAGUUGAGUGGAGAGGCUUUCUCCUGUGAGAUGUACCUUGUCUUAUUAUUUUGGACUCAUUAGAUAGGCUUUUAUUACUUAAACUUUAUAAAUGUGUAUCCACAAAAUUUUGUGGCAGGUACAAGGGCACCCCUAUUUUGCUAGUCUCAUGCUCGUUUGGGGGAUUGUUAAAGUAAUCCUUAUAGGCCUUAAAAAGCUUAGAUCUAGUACUAAAAAUACGCAUAUGCUCUAGAUCUGUUUUGUUUGGUGCUAGCCUAAUAUCUUCUACAUACUGUGGAUCUGAAUUAUUUCAUAUACUUUUGGGAAAUGUUCAGCUAGAAACACUCGAGAAAAAACUGUAAGGCAGGUAGCCAGAAAGUGUCUGCUGACUUUUCAUUUUACUGGCAUUUAAAAGCUUUUAUAGAGGUUUGCAUUGUUUUCUCCAUAAGCAUUUAUUGUUUGAGUUGCUUAUUUUGACAGUUAACUGUCAGUUAUGACCUGCAUUUUCAGUCUCACCUUGAUUAUUUCUGUAUGGGUUUAAGUUCUGGGACUAUAACUUAUAAGUGUGUUUGUUUCUUGAAUACACACAUUGAUCCUCUGCCAACAAAUAGCUGAGAGAGUGGAAAUGACUGGUUUCUAAUUGUGGUUUGAAAGGAGAUUGAUUUGAUAAAUUGUAAUUGUGGAAUCUAUUCUAGUUGUUGCUGUUGCAAAGCAAGAUCUCUUCAGGCCACUGUGAAAGUGGAUGGGAGGUUUGUUCUUGGUACCCAGUGAACAUCUUGGUCUGACAAGUCAAGUUCACACCAGAGAGUUCGACAAGGAGAGCUGGGUUGAAAUUUAAACUUGAUAUUGGUUGUCAAGACCAAAUUGAUGGAUUUUUUUAAAUGAGUUAAUGCCAGAGAAAGUGAUGCUAACAGAUCUUGGGUAGGGUUGAAGAGAGCUAAGUCAAUGUGGGUGUUACUAUUCUUGGGCACUUUAAGGAAAAUAUUUUUCUUCUAAGUUACACAUUUUUUUCUUUUUCUUCCUGUCUACCUCCUAUCAUUGCAUAGAAACCACUAUUCCCGAAGUGGAAAGGGCAAACAAGAAUGGAACAAGCAGCCAGCAAUACUUGCUUCACCAAAGUGCUCAAAAUUAACCAAAGAGAAGUGAUAUCCCUGGGGGCAACUGAGUGAAGACAGUGGAGAAUUUUGAUAAUAAAUAUGAUUUUGGACCAGACCCAAUCUCAUUCUCAUGCAGGACUUAAAAAGAAAUAUUCACAGGGAAGCCACACUACCAGAGGCAAAGGGACAACUAGGAAAGAACCAGAAGUGCACAUUUGCUUUCAGUCAUAAGUCCCUGAGUGCUUCCAGGCUGAGGAAAAGCCACUUUCCUAGUAGUAGCACUAGCUGGAUCUCAAUUAAAACUGAAGCUGGACUUAAGCCCUUUCUGAGAAAGCAGAAUUUUCAGGUCAUUCUGAGUUUUCAUGUGGUUUGGUAAGGUUUUUAAGUGGGGAGAAAAAAUUAAAUUCAGUAGUCAACAUUAUUGUCUCAUUUUUUUUUUUAUCCCAUCCACAUUAGUACUUAAUUGCAAAGCUCCCCCCAUAAUAGAAUAGAAUGAGAAAAUUGUUAGUUAAUAGAUGUCUUUAAACUCAGCUGAAAUCUUAACCCAUAAAAAGUCCUUGUCUCUCUCCAUUCUUACUAUGUCCUAGGAAUGUGACCUCUGAUGGCAAGAUCAGUAAGUUAAAGAACAGAAUCGAUAUACUGGGCUCAUUUUUUAAUUUAAUUACAGUUCUUGUCAAUUGCUUGAUUAUUUGUUUAUCUCCACGGCCAAAUUUAUUUCAGGAAUUCGCUUGUCUGAGACUGUAUAUAUGGCCAAGGUUUCUUAGGUCCAUCUUGUGACUUAAAGGCAGAAUUUUGAUGCGAUCUGGCUAGAUAUAUUUGGAAAUAUUGUCUUUAAAGUAGUUAUUACUUCUGGUUGACUAUGUAGAGCUUAUCCAAGAGCAGGCAAAUUCUUCCAAGAGACGCAGUCCAGAAAAACAAUUCUGUAGCAGGCAUCUCUUGACACCACAGUAUAUUUUGAGUAGCUGCUCUGCAGUAAUGCAGCCCUGUCUUUCGGGGCAGUGUUGUUAUUCUUGCUGCAUAAUUAGCAACUAGUGAGAUCAUAGUCUGGGGAGAUUCUGGCCUUACUGUGGCAAAGGAGGGAGGCUUCAUAUCAACACAUGUGGCUCUGGCUCUGACAGUAUUUCUGUCAAGCAGAUUCCUAUCCUUUGGAACGUUAUUUCCAAAGAUGGAGAAAAAAAAUUUGUACCCCAGACUCCUUGGUUGUGUGACAGCAUGUGGAAGACAGUGUCUGUCAUACCUAUAUGACCAGUGUAAAUUGUGACUUUCGCUAUUUGUUUUUCCUUUGCUGGUUUCUUUACAGAGGGCAGAGGUGGUAAAGCGAAGUUUUCCUUGCACAGAGGAAGAUGAUAGACCAGCGGAGCCCUAUUUAAUGGAGCAGUAGGAAAUUGGGAAAGAUUCUGAGUUUUGAAGCUAGUGCAGAUUCUAAUCUUUAGUCCAUUCUUUAGAACCAAAUUUGACCUUUUAGGAGCCUGGUGAGAUACUUUACACUUGUGAAGAUCUGGGUAAAGUGUUUUCCUGGCUGCCUGGCUGCCCAUGUACUUAGAAAUUGAGAGCCUAGAGCAGUAUUUCCCAAAGUGUGAUCCAGGGAUCAUUUGCCCCUAAAAUACUCUGGAAAACAAAAAGGGUUCCAUAUUCAGGUGUGUGAAACACUGCAUUCUAUUUUCUGCCCCCCUUCCCCAUGCUCAUUAGCAUGUUAAAAGCCUCUAAGAAGUCCUUUCCUAAGCAGUUUUCUAAACUAUUUUGACAGAGCAGCCCUAUUUCCCUAUAAAAGCUAUUAACAUCCAUGGAAUUAGUUUAUUUCAUAUAAACACUUUGGGAAAUGCCAGCCUAUAUCUUCACUAGGAAAAAUAAUUGGAUCUAGUCUGGGUUUAGGCAUGGCCUAAUUCUGCCUUUGAUUCCAAAUCCCUCCUACUGACCUCUUGGAGAGCUCUCCUGUGUAAUCAGAAGAGCAGCUACUGUUAUGCCUGGGCUAAUGAAGCCUAGAGCUCAGCUGGCUAGGAACCAAAGGCCUUCACUCCACUGGGAAAGGUGCUGCUGUUUCUCAUCUCAUUAUUCUAAGAGUGAGAAUGGGUGGGGCAGAGGGGAAAGAAAAGUAGGAGAAUGUUGGCGGGAAUUAGCGGAGAAAUGGCCUAGUCUCAAGGGACCAGACAUCAGUGAUAGCCCAGAUGCUUUCUGUCUUCAGUUGGAGAGCUGUAUUUAUAGACUUGGAAGGGGUCUGUCUUAGGACAGGAAUGCUGAUUCCUUUUUUCCCCUAGGCAGAAUCCUAAUGCACCUGGCUAGCUGGUGGUGAGCAGGGGCUUUGGGGCCAGCGUGGUGGGAUCUCCAAGGAAACCCCUUUGAAACCAAUGGAUGCAUUUAUGAGCUCGGGUCUCAAGAGGAAGUUUGAUGAUGUAGAUGUGGGCUCAUCAGUUUCCAACUCAGAUGAUGAGAUCUCUAGCAGUGACAGUGCUGACAGCUGUGACAGCCUCAAUCCUCCUACAACCUCCAGCUUCACACCCACAUCCAUCCUGAAGCGGCAGAAGCAGCUGCGGAGGAAGAAUGUACGUUUUGACCAGCUGACAAAGAACGGGACAGUAGAGUCGGUGGAGGCUGAUGGCCUGACAUUGGAUGAUGUUUCCGAUGAAGAUAUUGAUGUGGAAAAUGUGGAGGUGGAUGAUUACUUCUUCUUGCAGCCUCUGCCCACCAAACGGCGACGGGCCUUGCUGAGGGCUUCUGGGGUCCACCGCAUUGAUGCUGAAGAGAAGCAAGAACUUCGAGCUAUCCGCCUGUCACGAGAAGAGUGUGGUUGUGACUGUCGACUGUAUUGUGACCCAGAAGCAUGUGCCUGUAGCCAAGCUGGGAUUAAAUGCCAGGUAGAUCGCAUGUCCUUUCCCUGUGGCUGCUCCCGAGACGGCUGUGGGAACAUGGCGGGGCGUAUUGAAUUUAAUCCAAUCCGGGUCCGGACUCAUUACCUCCACACCAUCAUGAAGCUGGAGCUGGAGAACAAGCGGCAGGUGAGCCGCCCACCGGCCCCAGAUGAGGAGCCCUCACCCACUGCCAGCUGCAGCCUGACAAGAGCACAGGGCUCCGAGACACAGGACUUCCAGGAGUUCAUUGCUGAGAAUGAGACAGCAGUGAUGCACCUACAGAGUGCAGAGGAACUGGAACGGCUCAAGGCAGAGGAAGACUCCAGCGGCUCUAGUGCCAGCCUGGACUCUAGCAUAGAGAGCCUGGGUGUGUGCAUCCUCGAGGAGCCCUUGGCUGUUCCUGAGGAGCUGUGCCCAGGCCUGACAGCCCCCAUUCUCAUCCAGGCUCAGUUGACCCCAGGAUCCUCCGUCCUGUGUUUUGCCGAGAACUCAGAUCAUGCAACUGCCUCAGCAGUGAACAACCCGUCCUACUUGAACAGUGGGCCCCUGGUCUAUUAUCAGGUGGAGCAGAGGCCAGUCCUGGGGGUGAAAGGAGAGCCUAGUACAGAAGAAGUUCCACCCUCUUUCUCCAAGGAGAAGGAUCUGAAUGUCUUCUCUCUCCCUGUUACCUCACUGGUGGCUUGUAGCCCCACAGACCCGGCUGCCCUCUGUAAACCAGAGGUGGGGAAAACAUCCACUCUAGAAGCACUAGUGCCCGAAGAUUGUAACCCAGAGGAGCUGGAGAAUGAAGACUUCCGCCCCUCUUGGUCCCCCUCAAACCUCCCCUUCCGCACGGACAGCGAAGAGGGCUGUAUGGUGGAGAAGACCUCACAGCAGAGCGAAGACCGGCCCCCUGAAGAUUCUUCCCUAGAACUCCCUCUGACAGUGUGACACAGGGAUGGUGAUUCUGCCUCUUACCCAUUCUCUAUUUAUUCCCUUAUUUUAUCUAACACCAUUUCAAAACAAAACUGUAGAAGCAGCUGCUGCUCACAUGUUAUUUUAUUGGGUCUUUAAGGAACAGGUGAGAAAGGAUCGCACAAGUAUUUUUUAAAGGGUAAACAGAACAAAAGAGACCAGCCCCAGGUUGAUCUGGGGAUAGUCUUGGGGCAGAGGAAGCUGCAUAGUGCCGAAUACUGAGCUUUCUGGGCCAUCGGAACAAAGAACUAGGAUCUCACAGGAGACACUGGGUGAUUCAAGCAGCUCUUCUUUAUGUAGGGACCAGAACACAUAAUUUGAAUAGCAUGGCAAAGCCCCUUCUCUUCUGAACUCCAGGUGGGGUACAAGCUCAUUUUCAUUUUCUUCAGUGGUUACUCUGAUAUCCCCUUUUGGUAUGUCUUAAUAAUGCAGUUGGAAAUGUCACCUGGUCGAAUCUAGAGAGGAGUGGGUAGAAGGGUCUGUUUCUGUAAAAAGCCUCCAGGAUUUAUAAAAAUUUAACCACCUUUUCCUGGCACCCCUAUUUGGUAAAUAAGUUAAUAUUUGACACGUUUGGUGUUCCCUGACCUAUUCCCCACACUGGGGAUUCCUGGUCUGUAACUUGAAUUGUUUCUUUCUCAUGUUCUUAGGUACUAGAGUUUAACUUGUCAUUCGUGUCCCCGCACUCGCCCUUCUGCCCCCAUCCUUUUUCCUUUAAAGAAAAAUAGCUACAUUGGCUGGGGAUGUGGUAUAAAGAGCCCAAGUCUUCUGUGUGUGUCUAAUAUUAGCUCUAUCAGGCAGCUCUAGACUGGGGCUCACACAUCCCCUGGGGGGCAUAUAUGGAGCAUUACUUGUCCAAAGGAGGCAGAAUAGGCUGCUCUCUAGAAUGAAGAUGACUUAGUUUGUGCCAUGUUUCCUUUCACCCAGGUCUUUUUUCCCUGCCUUUGGAAGAUUUGAGCUUUAAAGGAAUAUAGGAUGUGGCAAUCUAAGGUCACCAACUAGUUAUUUUUUGUUGUUUGGGUUUUUAUUUCUGCAUCUACCCUCAUGGUCCUUCUUGGACAUACAGGGCUAGAGAGUUCUUAAUGCUAUUCCAGUUCACCCUCCAAGAAUUGCAAAUAUUUAUUGGACCCCCCCCCAUCUUGACAUAUAAAUAUUGGAAGCCAAACCAAUUCUUCAAUGCUGCAUACAAUUGGAAAUGUCAGUUUCUAGGUUCCAAAGAAUUCAAGUUCUGAUGACCCCUUUUGAGGUCUAUAGAAUGGGACUCAAAUUUAGUUCUUACCUCUAUUGGGGGAUAUGGUUCCUAUUCCUCUUAUGUCUAGCUUAUGUUCUGGAUGUGUUCCAUUGAACACCACUGAAUUCUUUUUAUUAGCAAAGUUAUCUUUGCCUUUGUUUUAAAAUGGAGGCAAUAGUGAGCAAAACACUCUUCUCUAACAUCCUUUAUGCCAUGCUUCACUCUGAUGUGGUUUAUUAAACAGGAAAGAACAAAGUGAAAAACAUUUUUUUUGGUGGGAGACAUAACUGUUCCUACUUAUCUUGCUCAUAAAGCCUUUUCUUGUGGGAUAUUACAAACCUGGUGUCUUAAAGCAACCUUCAUGUAUGUCACAGCAGCACUUCACCUGUAGAAUCUCUAAACUGAGCCUGAAAGGCCUUGUACUUAACACAGAUACAUCUUUUAAACCCAUUUCGCCUCUCCUUUUCAUUCCUUUUUGCUGCAUUUUACAUUUUGCAGAGAGUUCUUAAGUAUAUAGGUCCUUAUUCUCUGCUCUCUAGCCUCACGAAAAGUCCCUACCUUGGUCUGGUCCCCUCAAAUACAAGACCGAAGCUUAAUUGGGAAUUUGACUAUGAAGAAUCUUUCUGAAAAUCUGUAUUAGAAGGGGAGGGUGAGCUCUAUACAGUCUCUCCUUAGGAGGUAUUCCUAAUCUAGGAAGUGGAUUCCAGCUGCUCAGUAAGAGACACAUUAACCUUUGGGAUCAAACCAAGAAUUUGAAUCUAAUUAUUAAACUCAUUGCCAACCCUCAAGAUAAUGAUUUUUCUGAAGAAAAUAGAUUCUUAAUCUAAGUCCAUCCCUUAAUUUUACAAUUCCGACUCAUACCGAUCCCAAGCUUUUAAAUGCUAAAUAUUAACAUUUAGCAUUAACUGUCUUGUCAAGCAAAGGGCCUUUCCUAUACAAUUUAGUCCAUCUCAUUUCUGGUGCUACUUGAGUUGGACAGAAUUGUAGCUCAUUGUUGCUAGAAAAGCUAGGCCUCUGACCACAGAAGCAGAUAGCUUCAAUCCCCGUUCAGUCCAGGCCUAGACAAAAGAAAUAACUUUUUACCGCAACUCAUUUUCCAAUUUCCCUUCUCAUUUACUGUACACAGGUAGUAUUUUCAAUGUGAAUCCAAAGCUUAUCUGGUUCUCUGAAAACAAUUUUUUUGUUUUUGCCUUUUAGGUCCUUUACAUUGUGAUAAUGCUGUAUUUAAAGAGAAUAUUUAAAUGUAAUAUUAAAGAAAUAUUCAAAAGAA